CCGGAAGGGAGGGAGAGGAGCACUUCCGGGAGUUAUCAUGGCGCCGCCGGGAGGCAAGGCGGCGGUGAUCCUCUGCAUGGACGUGGGCUUUGCUAUGGGCAACUCCGCCCCCGGCUACCAGUCUCCGUUUGAACAAGCCAAGAAGGUGAUGAGCAUGUUUGUGCAGCGCCAGGUGUUUGCCGAGAGCAAGGACGAGAUCGCCUUGGUGUUGUUUGGCACGGAGGGCACAGAGAACGCCCUGGCCAGUGAGGGCCAGUAUCAGAACAUCACAGUGCACCGACACCUGAUGCUGCCCGACUUUGAUUUGCUGGAGGACAUUCAAAGCGUCAUCGAACUGGGCUCUGAGCAAGCCGACUUCCUGGAUGCUCUCAUCGUGUGCAUGGACCUGCUGCAGAAGGAAACCGUAGGAAAGAAGUUUGACAGGCGACACAUCGAGGUGUUUACUGACCUCAGCAGCCCCUUCAGCCAUGACCAGGUGGAAGUCAUCAUUAAUAACUUGAAGAAAUUUGGCAUCUCCCUGCAGUUCUUCCUGCCCUUCACCGUGGACAGAGAAGAAGGCGGUGCGGGAGACCUGGGAGACCCCGGCUCGCACCCCCCCAAGGGGCUGACCGAGCAGCAGAAGGAGGGCCUGGACAUGGUGAAGAAGACCAUGUUGAUCCUGGAUGGCAGGGACGGGCUGGACGAGGUGUACUCCUUCAGCGAGAGUCUGCGCCAGCUGUCCAUCUUCAAGAAGCUUCAGCGGCGGCCCAUGCCGUGGCCCUGUCAGCUGACCAUUGGCUCCCACCUGUCCAUCAGGAUCGUGGCCUACAAGGCGAUCUUAGAGGAGAAAGUCAAGAAGACUUGGACGGUUGUGGACGCACGGACCGAAAAGAAGGAGGACGUGCGGAGAGAGACCGUUUACUGCCUGAAUAACGAUGACGAAACGGAGGUCCAGAGAGACGACAUUCUGCAAGGGUUCCGCUACGGCAGCGACAUCGUUCCCUUCUCCAAAGCGGACGAGGAGCAGAUGAAGUACAAGACCGAGGGAAAGUGCUUCUCCGUGCUGGGCUUCUGCCGGGCCGCUCAGGUGCAGAGAAAAUUCUAUAUGGGGAAUCAAGUGCUGAAGGUCUUUGCAGCGAAAGACGACAUGGCUGCCGCCGUGGCCCUGUCCACCGUGAUCCACGCGCUGGACCAGCUGGACGCGGUGGCCAUCGUGCGCUACGCCUACGACAGGAGGUCCAAUCCCCAGGUCGGGGUCGCCUUCCCCUUCAUCAAGGAGGCCUACGAGUGCCUCAUCUACGUGCAGCUGCCCUACAUGGAAGACCUUCGCCAGUACAUGUUCUCCUCCUUGAAGAACAAGAAAUCAUGUGCGCCUAGCGAGGCCCAGUUGUCCGCCGUGGAUGCUCUGAUCGACUCUAUGAGUUUGGUGCACCAAGAUGAGGAGGGAGACGUCGUGGAGGACACCUUUCCAACCACCAAAAUCCCAAACCCCCAGUUUCAGAGGCUGUUCCAGUGCCUGCUGCACAAGGCUUUCCACCCGAGCGACCCCCUGCCCCCCAUCGAGCCCCACCUGCUGAGUAUGCUGGACGCUCCCGAGGAGGUCACCGCCAGGUGCCAGGCCCCCCUGGCCCGGAUCAAAGCCCUCUUCCCGCUGAAGGAAGUCCUGAAGAGGAAGGAUCCAAAGACGGCCCAGGACAUCUUCCAGGACAACCAUGAAGAGGAGCCCGGCACCAAGAAAGCCAAGAUGGAGGAAGGCAGCGCGUUCUCUGUCUGCAACCUGGCCGAAGGCAGCGUCACCAGCGUGGGCAGCGUGAACCCCGCCGAAAACUUCCGCUUCCUGGUGAGGCAGAAGAAUGCCAACUUCAAGGAAGUGUGCCAGCAGCUGGUGAGCCGCAUCAACCAGUUCCUGGAGGCCAAGGGGCUGCAAUACUACCUCAAGAGCCUCGACUGCAUCAGGACUUUCCGCCAGGAGGCCGUCCAGUUGUCAGGAGAGCAGCACUUUAAUGAUUUCCUCCGGGCCCUGCGAGAUCAAGUGGAAGAGAGGAAGUUAAAUGACUUUUGGGAAAGUGUCACUGAAGACGGGAUUACUCUGAUCACCAAAGAUGAAGCUCCAGGAAGCUCGGUCACCACUGAAGAAGCCCAAGAGUUUCUGGCCCCAAAAGAGAAGCCGGCGACGGGGGUGGCAGCCGUGGGCGAGGACGGCGGAGACGUGGACGAUCUGCUGGACAUGAUGUGAAGGCUCCUGGCUGGAGUCCUGGCAGCCCGAGAGAUGCCCCGAGGCCUUCUGUGGGACUUGGGGG